AUGACGACAGAGGAGCCGAGGAGAUUCCUCAAGAUCCCACAGUUCUCAUGCUUGCCCGUCAGAGACGUCGACGGCACAGCUCGAGUCGAGUGUACGUCAUUCUGGCGAGUCUUUCUCAUGACAAGGCAGCCUACGCUGGACCGCAGAGACACGAGAGAAGUGAGUGAGGAGGUCACACGGAUUGCCACCGUCAGACCAGAUGGAACAGUUGAGCUCACCAGAGAGCCAGCACUGAUGCCACAAGGCAAGCAAUACCGCGAUCACCGGCCGUUCAUCUGA